AUGCUCGCGGCUCUCCUCCCCCUUCUUGCUGUCCCCGCUGCGGCGCACAUGACCAUGUGGCACCCGGCCAUGUACGGUUUCAGACCUGACGACCUGGAGUACAGCCAGGCUGCCACUCCGCCUCCGCUCGGCGCCGCCUUUGACCAGUGGUGGUUCCGUGGCGCCAUUAACGAGCCGCCUGCUGAUGGCACGUUCAUGGAGCUCCCCGCUGGCGGGGUGUUCACGGGCGAGAUCUCGAACAAUAAGAUAUACACGAGCUGGGGCAAGAAGCCCACGCCCGACACUGGCAAGAUGGCGUCCUCUACCCAGGGCAACGGCCUCCUGCACUCGCUAGACCGGCCGUUCGGCAUGGCGCCCGAGCAGACCAAGGAGGUGAUGGGUUGCGGUCUCGGUAUCGUAUACGAGUCGGACGUGCACAAGAUCAAGCCCGAAGACUUUGCCAUCAUCUCGACCAACCGCUACUGCCCAUGGUACCGCGACGUCGACUUCCACAUCCCGAAGGGCUUGCCGGCUUGUCCUGAGGGUGGCUGCCACUGCAUGUGGGGCUGGAUCCACAACGAGCGUGGCGGCGGCCAGGAGCUGUACUUUACCGGUUACCGCUGCAACGUAACUGGUGACACGGGCACGAUCCCCCUUCCAAAGCCAGCUAUUGCGCGCAAGUGCCCGUCUAACAAGAACAACUGCACGGUCGGUGCGAAGCAGCCCCUGUACUGGAUGGUGGCCGAGGAGGGCCGAAACAACCACCAGGGAUACUCGGACGCUCCGUUUUACAACGAGGCUUACGGGUGGAAGAACGGCGCCCAGGACGAUCUCUGGGACAUUGACCUCGGUACUACCUGGCUCAACUCGUCCGACCAGGCCCCCAUUCCGGACGCGGCUGGCGCGUGGCACGACCCGAUUAUCCAGCGCGACGCCAACGCGCCCGUUGGCAAGGUCUCUGGUCCCGGCGCCGUCAACUCACCCGACUCGAACGCCACGCCCUCAAACUCGUCCAACCCUGCCACCGACUCGAGUGCAUCUGUCUCACCCUCCGGAUCCAGCGCCUCUACCGCUAGCUCGAAUCCUACUGUUUCAGCAUCUGGCUCUAGCUCGGGACCUGUUGUCUCGCCUUCCGCUGUGCCGGGCCUCAACCCCGACGACAGCAACCUCAAGGUCGAGCCCAGCGGCGCAGAGCUUCCUGGCCUCUCCUUCGCGGGCGCCAGCUCGGCCGGGGCGAGCAGCUCGGCCGCCGCUGGCACCUCAGCUCACCCGACUGGGUCUGGCCUCAGCAACUCGACCGUCUCCGCUGGCAGUGACUACUCGUCCGCGUCCGCUGGCAGUAGCAGCUCGACCGCACCUAGCGGCAGCGCCACCUCGGGUCCGCCCAAGAAGUGCAAGAAGCGCAAGCGCGCCCACCGCCUCCGCCUCUAA